AUGGGCCCGGCCGUACCCCUCCCUCUCUCCGACGAGUGGGAUGAUGAUGUCGAUUCUUAUAUUGACGCGCUGCUCUCGUUUGCAACCACGACACCCCUAUUUCUGAACCUGUGUGGAGGCGUGCACAUCCUUGACUUUCUGACCAGCGAUCCGGAUCUCUACACCACCUUGCUGCCAGAAGAUUGGCGCCGCUUCUUCGACCAGCAUGAGCUGUACGAUAUCCUCGACCUGCUUUUGAAGGAAGAUGUUGCGCAUUUCCCAGUCGAAGAAGACAAUCACACAAUAAAAGGCAGCAGCUGGAAAAAUGGCCCACCGCCACCCCCUUCCCUCGUACGAUAUAUCCGCGAUAUUCGCCGUCUCAGCCUAAAGCGCAAAGUCACGCCGCCGCCGACACGCCCCUCUUCCGGACAAGCCAGCGCCAUUCCGCGCCGUGUGGCGGUCGGCAUGAAAUCAAAGAAACUGCACGAGGUCGAGCAUUUUUCAAAGUAUGUCGACUCGUUUGCCACGAAUGUCUCCCAGACGAGGGACGAGCCGGUCACACAUAUAGUCGACUUUGGCUCUGGGCAGAACUAUCUGGGGCGCACUCUGGCCCAUUCGUAUAACCGGCACAUAAUCGCUAUUGAGCGCAGGCAUGCUUACAUCCAGGGCGCUCGCGGUAUGGAUGUGCAUGCAAAGAUGGCGGAAAAGAAGGUGAACGUGGUGAAAAAGAGGAUGCAGAGCAAUGCAAAUGGACCCGACGAUGAUGGUGAUGAUGCAUCGGCGCAGGCCUGUGAAAGUUGUCCUCCGCAGGGAGGAGAGGAGGACAAGCAGCAAAACGAAGAUGACGUUACCGUCUUCAAGGUCUUUAGCGAGCUCGAUAUCAACCAAGACGACUUGCCCAGCAUUGUCAACACUAGUACUCACAAACCCAAAGAAGAGGAAAACCGAGGGCCGCGGGGUGCAAUGGACUAUAUCGAGCAUGAGAUCAAGGACGGCUAUCUCGAGCCCAUCAUCCAACACGUCGUCGACCCUACCAAGACCGAGGGCGAUUCCACAGAAACCCACGGAGAAACUUCAAACGACGCUCGCGUGGUCGUCGUCUCGCUUCAUUCCUGCGGCAACCUGCUCCACCACGGUGUCCGAUCUCUCGUCCUGAACCCUUCCGUUGUAGCCAUCGCCAUGGUCGGCUGCUGCUACAACCUCAUGACCGAACGGCUGGGCCCGGCCACAUACGAAUUACCCGUCCUUCGUCAUAUGCACCAGCGCCUCGCAGUCGGCGCAAACGAGAACGAUCCGCACGGCUUCCCCAUGUCAAGCAUGUUUGAGCAGUAUGCAUAUCCCGGCGGAAAGGGUAUCACAUUCAACAUCACGGCGCGCAUGAUGGCCGUGCAGGCUCCGUACAACUGGAGCGUGGAGGAGAGUCGGAAUUUCUUCACGCGGCACUACUACCGCGCUCUACUGCAAAGGAUAUUCGUCGACCGCGGCACCGUGCCGAGACCGAAACUUGCUAAUCUGGACGCUUUGAUAGGCGGGGACAAUAAUAAUGAUGAUGAUGAGCCGCUCAUCAUCGGCACGCUGAGGAAAACAGUCUAUGAGACAUUUCCCACAUAUGCCAAAGCCGCCAUUGCCAAGUUGGCCAAGAACCCGGUGCAUAGCGAGAAAAUGACUCGGCUGAACAACGAGAUUACGACCGAAGACCUGGAAAAAUACGUGGCUGAUUAUGCAUAUGCAAAGAAGAAUCUGAGUCUGGUCUGGACCCUGAUGGCGUUUAGCUCGGCUGUGGUCGAGGCUAUCAUUGUCAUUGACCGGUGGCAGUUUCUUAGAGAGCACAUGGCUUCGGGGCUUGUGAGAGAGUGCUGGAUAGAGCCGGUUUUUGAUUACGCUGAAAGUCCCAGGAAUUUGGUGGUAAUUGGUAUCAAAAAUUGA